AUGUUUUUAUCACAAAUGGAUUGUCCUAGAGAAGCUGCAGUACAAGAAGAUCCUUCACUGCUACUGGAAGAUAGCAGACGACCUAAAGAUGAUGUUUUUAUUUCUCAAUAUGCUACUGGCCAGAAAGAGGCUUUGAGAGCUGUGUUAAAGCAAAAAACUCAAAAUACUCCUGUACUUAAGGAGGUGAAGGUACAGCUCUUAGGAAAUGCCUCCACAGAAAAAAAGGAAAGUGUUGGUCAAGACACCAGGUCAACACACAAGGAAGUUGAUUCUGCAACAACGAUUGCAGCAGCAACUGCUGCUGCCAUUGCUACGACAGGUCCGCUUCUUAAAGUUCAAAAUGAAUUGGAAGCAAAAGUUAACUCAGUUUCAGCAUUACUUCAGAAACUACAGGAGACAGACAGACAACUGCAGCGUGUUGCUGAACAGCAAACAAAUACAAGGACUCAACAUGAGAAACCCCGCUGUCAUGAAAGAGUCAGUGAGCUUGAAAAACAAAUGAAUGCUUUCAUGGUGCAACGGAUUCAGCAUUUGGAAAAGUUACAGGAGCAACAAAUGAAUAUUCAGUCUCAUCUCAUUAGCUCUGCAGUCAACACGGUUGGCUUACAGCAAAUUCAUGUACCUUCCUCCAAUCUCAUGACAAAACAAUCUGAGAAGCCAGAACAGCGAUUACUUACUAACGAAGUAUCUUCAUGUCAGAGGGGUUUAUUUCCUACCAGUGGUCUACCUGCCCAAGCAUAUUCAAGCCAAUUUCAAAGUUGUGGCAUUCAUACACAAAAAUCUCCUUUAAAGACACCAGUUCCUCGGAGAUAUGCUCCAGAACCUGUAUCAAAAAAUGUGAAUGUCUCAAAAAAUGUGAAAAUCUCAUCUGCAACACAAAAGGAAAAUGUUUACAAAUCCACAUGUGAAGGUGAAGGGAGACUUCUUGAGCAUAUUCUGAAUUCUCAAGAAAUGCCACUGAGGCAAACGGAGUUUUCCGAGAAGGCAACAUUAAACAGUAAUAAAAUGAGCUGGCAUUCUGAAAGAGACAGGCAUACUGCUUUGCGUACAGACUCAUUCCCUGCUUUUGAAAACUCCUUCCAAAAUUGCAGUUCAAUUGAGAAAACGGUGAAAAAAGCAGAUGAUUUACUUCAAGAUCUUGGCCAGUUGAGAAGAGAAAUGCAUGACAUGCUACAGGAAGCAAAUUCAUGGAAAUCAGACAUGAAUGAUCUUAUUAAGUCAAAAAACCCUACUGUUGCAUCUGAUCUUCCUGAACAUCAUCAGCUCAAAAAACCAUCCAUCCUUCAAAAUGUUAAAGUGCCAAAAUCUAUACUGAGGGAUGCUGAAAGGAUUUUGAGAGGAGUUCAAAACAAUAAAAAAGUUCUUGAAGAAAAUUUGGAAGCUGUUACUCACGCAAAAGAUGGGGAUGCCAUGUAUACUUUUAUUAAUGCCUUGACUACAAACAGAGAUGUACUGGAAGAGAUUCGUAUCAGAAAGACUGUGGAUGAGUGGAUUAAGGCAAUCAGUGUAGAAAUCCAGGCCGAAAUGGCAAGAAAUGAUUUGGAACAAGUGAAAUAUGAUAAAAAGAUCUCAUGGAUCAGGAGAGCCCAAAACAUCAAGCCUAUGAAGACCAAUAAAGAAAUUAAAGGAAAAACGCAAAAAAUCCAAGGAUGCUUGACAGAGAAGCCUUUAUCUGCAGCUAAGCCAUUGCAGAAGCAAGCAGAAGAUAACACAAGCAAACACACAACCACAAAGAGGUUUAGAACUUACUUUUCUUCUGAAAGUUUGCAGAGGAAAGAAAAAAGGGCAGCUGCACCUGUGAAUGGAAGUGCAGUGGUACAAAAUGAAGACUAUCUGUGUCAAGUUUAUGGGAAACCAAUUUACCAGGGCCAUCGUAGCACGCUUAAAAAAGCACCGUAUCUGAGAUUCAACUCUCCCUCUCCCAAAUCUAAACUUCAAAGACCCAAGGUGAUAGAGUGUGUUAGAGGUACAAAGGUAAAGUCAGCAAGAACACAGACUUCUCGCACACAGAAGGUAGUAACCAGCCCUAGGAAACAGCACCCUUUAUAUGCACUUACCCAAGAAAAUCAGUAUCUCUUUAGUCCAAGUCGAGAUGUACCUGCAGUCUGCGGUCCACUUGAAGGUCACCUAAUUCCUAUGGCUAUUCCACUAGGUCAAACCCAAAUUAGCGACAUCUCACUGCAGCCUGCUGGAUUAGUUAUAGGUAAACCGCACCCUGUUACAGUUACAACCUCUCUUCCUCAAGUGCCGCCAAAACAACCGGUUGAGGUAAAAAACCCAAACAUAGCUGUAAUAGAGAUGAGAUCAGAGAAGAAGGAUCCACCUCAACUGUCUGUGCAGGUGUUACCAAAUGUAGAUAUUGACAGUGUUUCGAGUGACAGUAUGAGUGUAAACCACGUUCUUCCAGGCUCCGAACCUGCACUUCCUCCUGUCGAUGCUGUAAUACAGACUCCAGAAGAUAUACAUAGUGAGGAGGAAGACACAAAGUUUCCGGGAACUAAUUUCAUUGAUGUUACUGAUGUCAUGCAGGAUCAGGAAGAGGAGAAAGAUGAAAUUCCAGAAUUCUUUGAGCCUCUUCUGGAGCUUAAUGGACAGUUUAAAGUUGCCUCACCAAAAUACAACGGUCCUUUGUUUCCUCCAGUGGCUUCUGCUCCUCAGCAGUCUUCUGAUGUUUUGGAUGAACUGAUUCAAAGGAGAGAGACUGUAGAAAACAGGUUGAUAAAUUGGGUGGAACAAGAAAUAAUGGCAAAAAUUAUCAGUGGGAUGUACCCAAUUCAGGAAGAAACAGUGCCCAGUGUUAGCACCUCAGGGAGUGAAGACAGUGAGACUGUAACCUCUGACAUUGUUGAAGUUGCAGGUGGUGGAGGAUUUCAGCUCUUUGUCAAUGCUGGCGUGCCUGUGGACUCGGAAAUGAUAAGUCAUUUUGUAAAUGAAGCUCUCAGUGAGACAAUUGCAACCGUGCUGGGUAACAAGCAAGCUCAGGAAGCAGUUCCUGCUACAAAUGUUCUUCCAAGUACAACGAUUAUGAUGGAGUCUCUCGUGCCUACUCCAUUGCCAACACCCCAGGCCACACCACCACAAACACCACCUUCAGAAAAAGAAUUGCCUCCAGUCAAAACUCCAGAGUCUUCUCUGUCUCUUACAGAAAUGAGUGGGGAUGUUCGUGAACAUGAAAAAAUUAAAGAAACAGGAGUUGAGAUUCCAGCUGCCACUAGUCGUGUUGGCACACCUGUGGUUACCCCUGUCAAUACGCCUCCUAGAACAGCCACACCAAGCCCUCCUGCCUCAGAAGGUGUCUCCGAAGCUGCAAAAAUGGAAAGUCCAAAGCCUCCAAACCCAUGGGAUGAUGCAGAACUUCCUCUGGAAGAAGAGAAACCCAGUCCUUUAACUGAAGAACCAUUCCCUCCCAAGGCUGUUGAGAUGUCAGUGGCUAAUGAUGAGGAACCAGAGGCCUUGAUUUUACCAUCUCAGCAGCCGUCAGCGAGGCCCUUCGAAUCGCUUCCUUGCAAUCCACAGGUUCCCUCCCCUGUGUCUACAGUCAGUUCUGGGCAGUCCACGCAGGAAAGCAGCCUUACCCUCACAGAAACAGAAACAGAAACUGCAGACAGACCCAUCUCAGAAGGGGAGGUACUCUUCAGCUAUGGACAGAUGCUGGCUGCAAGAGCAUUAGCAGAAGGAGGACUGUCUCUUCCAAACCUCUCUGAGAGCUUAACGAGUACUUUACGAGACGCCAAUGAAAUGGAUUAUGAUCCUCCCAGUGAAGGGCAAGUGGUGAGAAGACCGGAUAAAGGCUAUCACAGGGAUCCUGUCCUGACUCUUUUAGCCAAGUUAAAUCAAGGACCUGUUGCUGCACAAGAAGGAAUGUACCAUUUGGAGGAUUCCGAUGAUAGUGUUGGGGAGCUCAGUGAAGGUCAAAGACCGAGGCUGACCAGAGCAGCAGAGAGAAUCUUAAUGGGACAUUCAGUUUAUAUGGACCAUCCAACUGCUCGGAUUUCUGAGAACGGAUCACACCAGGGUUUCCGUUCUCCGUCGCCAGGGCAACUUGCCCAAAUUGGAGCAGAAAUUCUUGGAGAUGUAGAUACAAGUCGUGGUCCAAUGCUUAUGGCUGAACUGGAAUUGCAACCAGUUUCAAAUCCUGUUCUGCAAGCAGCCCAACCAAGCUGCAGAGUGACAUCUCUCUCAGAGGAUCUGUCCCAGGAGGAAAGCCGAGGAGCUGCACAAUUUGAGACUGUGAGACCCCGAGUUAUUCAUGUGAGAAGGAAGUCUGAAGAGAUGCAACAAGAAGGACGCUACGUAUUAUCUAUGCAUAACCAUGCUAUUUUUGGAGAUUACUUAACAGCGUUUGUUAAAAGCGUUAAGGAUGUUGCAUGA